AUGAAACACCACCAUGUGCCAGCGGUUAGUAUUGCUCUGAUACAUAACGGAGAGAUUGAAUGGACGAAAGCCUAUGGUUAUUUGGGUGUAGAUACAGUAAAAAAAGCUGAUGAAUCUACCUUAUUUCAAGCAGCUUCCAUCAGUAAAGCAGUAGCAGCCAUAGCUGCUCUGCAACUAGUGGAACAAAACAAAAUAGAUUUAGAUGAAGAUGUAAAUAAAUAUCUACAAACUUGGAAGAUUAAAAACAGUUCCUUCACUGAAAAAAAACCGAUUACCUUACGAGGACUUCUCACACAUACGGCAGGCCUUACUGUUCAUGGCUUCAAUGGUUAUGCCCAAACAGAAGAACUGCCUACCUUAAUUCAAAUCCUCAAUGGUGAAAAACCAGCUAAUUCACCAGCCGUUAUUUCAGACUUGGUCCCAGGCAGCGUUUGGCGUUACUCUGGUGGUGGUUAUGUUCUCAUGCAGCAAUUGCUAGAAGAUGUAACAGGUUCUGAAUUUCCUACGUUGAUGCAACGUUCAGUACUUUCUCCCAUUGGUAUGAAUCGUAGUACUUUCGAAUUUACAUUGCCAUUUUUAUGGUCAGAGCAAGCUAGCAUUGGUCAUGAUUCAAGUGGCAAGAAAAUAUCUGGUUAUUGGCACAGAUAUCCUGAAAGUGCAGCUGCUGGACUAUGGACUACACCAACAGACUUGGCCCGAUAUCUUAUUGAAAUACAAAAAUCUCUACGAGGGGGAUCGAAGCAAGUUCUUUCGAAACAGAUGACCGAAAAAAUGCUUACUAAACAUUUGGGUGAUUGGGGUUUAGGUCCUGCUUUGUAUGGUGAUAAUAAUUCGUUAGUUUUCGGUCACUCUGGUGGUAAUGAAGGAUAUAGAUGUCUGUCGUUCUCUUAUGCUUAUUCAGGUCAAGGUAUCGUGAUUAUGACAAAUGGGAAUGAUGGAAUGGACUUGAUUAUGGAAAUAGUAAGAAGUAUGGCCAAUGCAUACAAUUGGAGCUCUUAUAAACCUAUAGUGAAAAAUAUUGUUACGUUAACGCCUACAAAGUUGGCUAUAUUUGCAGGAACAUAUUUGAUGAAUCAAGAACAAGUUAGCUUGUUAAUCAUUGUCAAGGAAAACUAUUUAGUGGCGAAACAAAUCUGGAAUGGAAAAGACUUUUUCCUUUAUCCAGAAGGUGAUUUUGAUUUCUUUGAGAGAGAAAAUGGCUAUUCGAUUAAAUUUGAAUCAUCAAUCGAUGGAACUCUCACUGGACUUCUAUUACUCGGAGAGAAGUGGACUAAGAUCUAA